AUGGAAGUGGAGCUCCUAUUACUUUGGGAGUUGUUCAAGGAGAAGUUCUACACUAAGUAUUUCCCUGAUAGUGUGAGGUAUGAUAAGGAGAUUGAAUUUCUCCAGCUAGUGCAAGGAAAUAUGUCCGUGGCAGAGUAUGCAGACAGGUUCAAGCACUUGCUCCGAUUCUACACCAUGACUAUGGAUGAAGAGUGGCACUACAGGAAAUUUGAGAAUGGUCUAAGGGGAGACAUCAAGCUUUUGGUGAAAGGGCUGCGUAUCAAGGAGUUCCCUACCUUGGUGGAGAUGGGCCGUGUGAUGGAGAAGACCAAGAAGGAAGCUGAAGGACAACAGAGUCAGCCUGUUAGAAGUGGAGGACCAUCUGGGUCCCGUGGUGGAUUUAGUUCCAAGAGGGCUCCUUACCCUAGACCAUCACCAUCUUCUGGGUCUAAGGGUUCAUCCUUCCAACCCCCGGUGCAUUUAGUGCAGUCUAGCCACUCAAGAGGGUUGCGGUGCUAUAAUUGUGGAGGACCACAUCUAUAA